GCCUCCGUGGAAACUCAAUUAAACAUUGACCGAGAAGAGAUUCGACAUAUUGAAGAUAUAGAGAUCUAGAAGGCAUAGUAAGCAGCUGUUUAUCUUUUAUGAUUGAUUUUUUCGAGUAACCGUCGAAAAUUUUAAUGAAUACAUCUCAAUUGAUCGCUAUUCAAAGUCAACCACUAUAUAAAGAUUAUCUGCACUAAUUAGUUAAUCAAUAUCUCCCAUAUCUUAUAUCGUUUAUAUAUCUCCAAUAUCUCAAUAUCUCUUAUAUGUGCUGCAUCUUCAAUAUCUUGAAUAUAUUCUCCGUUGAUGUUUAAUUGAGUUUCCGCGCAAACUAUCCGAAGAUAUGAUAUGCGCCGCGUCUCUCAUAUAAAAAAGUGAUAAAUCUGAAAUGUUAUUAUAAAUAAUAAAAUAAUUUCGAUUAAAAGGUCAACGUAAUUUAAUCUUUGUAAAGGUCUACCAAUAGAAAAAAAUCGUUUGAAUAAUAAUAUCAAUUUUUAAAGUUAAAGGUUCAAUUGUAUCUAUGAGAAUAAUUUAAAGAAAAUAAAAUCCAUCUCUAAAUAAGUUCUUCGAAUAUAUCGUAGAUUAGAAUCAGAAUAAAAUAAAUAUCUUCAAUUAAGUAAGACUAAAGUAAUUUCCCUUUUCGUGCUUAUUUUUUCGUUGCUUAACUUUCCGUGAUCAUCCUUCCUCGUGGUCAAUUUUCUGGUUCCCGGUAAAAAUCUUGAUUUGGGUAAGCUAUGAAUGAAAUUAUUUCAUGCACAUGAACAAAGAUUUUUAAUGUGUGCUAUAUGUACUAAUAAUAAUAUUAGUAAACAAGAAUUUAAACAUUUUGGUUUACUUACGUAAUAUUCAUGCUUAUUCUUUACAAGAUGUUGUACAAUUCCAUGAAGAAAUCUAUCGGAUAGAAUUUAUAGAUGAAUUAGAAUAUUCAAACUUUUGCUUUGAUUUUUAUUUCAAUUUGGUUAAGUGAUUAAUCAGAUGAUUACCUGUAUAGAAUGCAAAUCCAUAUAUACGUAGAAAACUGUUGAAAGAAAAAGUAACUAGACGAGAGGGAGUAUUUUGGAUACUAUUUGAAUUAUUUGUUAAAUAUUUUGAAUGUGUUGAUGCAUGUAAAAUAAGACCUCAUUGGUAUUAAGUUGAAGAUUCAUUAGAUUUUAUCUUGAAAUUGGAAUGAUGCAAACUUAUUAUUUAAUUAUUCGAAAGGUAAAUGAACUUGAUAUAAGAUUUUAUAGAAAAGCAAGUCAAGAUCUUCGAAUGCAACGAAAUCGAGUUAGGCUUUGUGUUCCUAUUGGUAAUAUUGAAGAACAUUAGAAUAGAAAUUAUAGAAUUUAUUCAAUACCAGUCAUAAGUCAACGUGGUCAACAUAAAUUAGUUUAACCUAAUAAUUGUCUUUUACCUUGAAUGUAUAUUAUAUUAUCUUUUAUUUUUAAUUUAGUUGAUAAACAUAUGAACGGUAUUGAAUUUCAUAUAAUUAGUUUUAUUCUCUCUUAUUUAAUUAAAAUAAAUUUGAAUUUAAACCUUCAACAUAAUAAAAUACCAUUAAGAAUUGAACAAGAACUUUUUAUAAAACUUUGUUUAUUUUACGGUGAACUAACUUAUUUAUCUAAUCAAAAUAACAAUCAAUUAAAUGAUAAUAUUUAA